CGGCGGAGGAGAGAGAAAGUCCGAGCGGACAGGUCAGAGGUUAGGUUUUCGCUUAAGGAAGAGGAGAAGAAAUUGGGGGAUUUUCUUCCUGGUCGGUCAAUUGCGGGAAGGGGAAGAGGGAGCUCUGGAUUCUACCUUUCUCCGUCCUCGGCGACGGUUCAUAUGCCGUUUGGCUCUCAAGUACCCUUCUCCCUCUUUUCCCUCCUCCUGAUGUCUUAUCUGCUGUUUCUCUCGCGAUCUGUUCACGUUUCGAUGACUGCCGCCGAUUUGAUUUCCGGCCGCUUCCGGUCUCUGGGUUCGGAGUCCGAUUGCGGUUUGGAUCGGAUCUGAUCGUAAAAGGUUGCAUAGAACUUGGAUCUAAAGAACUUAUCUUUUUCUCUGAGAUAUGGAGCUACUGCACUACUGCUCAAAUUGCCACCGGUUUGCGGUCAUUUCUUUCCAGGAAGUGCUUGAUUGGCGGUUCUUUGUGCCUGGGGAUUUUCUUCUGGGUUUGUUUGUUAAUUGCACUUAGUGUUCCGCGGCUUUCACCAAUUUCAAAUGCUCAGAAGAGGAGAUCUAAUGAAAGCUGCUAGUAGAAUAGGUCUCUCAGUGCAUAUGUGGAAUUCAGCUUUGAGCAUACACCUUCAGUAGAUCAUCUUUUAAGGGCUUGCAUCUACUUCUGAGCACUUUCCCAGUCUGGCCAUUGGACGUGUGCAGACUCCUUUCGCAAUAUGUUAUGGUGUCUACUGGGUUGAUUGGCCAGAUACUACUUAUUGAAGCUUUAUAUUAAAGCAGUUUAGAUGAGGUAGCUGUUAUCAAGUCUCUGUUUCCUUAGGUGACUUCAACUCACAUCCAACAGUAUUGGGGGAGGUUACUUGGCAGUUUCACUAUUUGGCAUCAUGUUUGGUGGUUCUUGUUCUCUCCCACAAUGCAUUCCGCUUUAUGGUUGUCAAAUUGCAAGUUUAGUGACAAAUAAAGCUGGGAAGCCCGACCACCAAAGUCUUUUGGGUGACGCAAGUCUGCAAUGCUAUGUAGAGGCGUAAUGGUGGACUCUGCUGGACCAGCAACUUGUUAAUAUCAUAUAGCGUCUACUAGAGUUGUGAAUGUCUUACUCCCUUCUUUGUUACUCCUUUUUCUCGUCUUGAAUAAAGAAAGAGCCUCAAUCGUGAACAGCUGAAGUGUCGUAUUGCUCUAUUGAAAAUGGAGAGGUACAAGUUAAUCAAGGAAGUUGGUGAUGGAACCUUCGGUAGCGUUUGGCGAGCUAUAAAUAAGCUGUCUGGUGAAGUUGUUGCAAUAAAAAAGAUGAAGAAGAAAUUUUAUUCGUGGGAGGAAUGCAUCAAUCUGAGAGAAGUUAAGUCCCUGCGAAAGAUGAACCAUCCAAAUAUUGUGAAGUUGAAGGAGGUCAUCAGGGAGAAUGAUAUCUUAUAUUUUGUGUUUGAAUACAUGGAAUGCAACUUAUACCAACUCAUAAAGGAUAGAGAGAGACUCUUCUCAGAAGCUGAAAUCAGAAACUGGUGCUUUCAAGUGUUGCAGGGGCUUGCUUACAUGCAUCAGCGUGGAUAUUUUCAUCGCGACCUUAAGCCAGAGAACCUGCUGGUGUCAAAAGAAGUAAUAAAAAUAGCUGAUUUUGGGCUUGCUCGGGAAGUGAAUUCGCAGCCACCAUAUACGGAAUAUGUCUCAACACGCUGGUAUCGUGCCCCCGAAGUACUACUUCAGUCAUACCAAUACAACUUUAAAGUUGACAUGUGGGCUAUGGGUGCUAUCAUGGCGGAGAUGUUUACACUUCGUCCGCUCUUUCCGGGUAGCAGUGAGGCAGAUGAAAUAUAUAAAAUAUGCAGCGUGAUAGGCACUCCAACUCAGGAGUCUUGGGCUGAAGGUCUUCGUCUGGCAAAUGCUAUCAAUUACCAGUUCCCACAGUCUGCUGGCGUUCUUCUUUCUGCACUAAUACCAUCAGCAAGUUCUGAAGCAAUUAACCUCAUCACGUCACUAUGUUCUUGGGAUCCCUGCAAGAGGCCCACUGCAACUGAAGCCCUUCAGCAUCCUUUCUUUCAGAGUUGCUUCUAUGUUCCUCCAUCUCUUCGGCCCCGAGCAGCCCCUACUAGGACCCCUCCACCUGUUGCAAGAGGACCUCUGCAGCAGCAAAAUGUGAGGAGAUAUUCUGGUGUUGUAUCCAACCCGAAGCCUGCUGGUGACCUGUCAUCUUUCAAGUCACAGGCUAUUGACACAGGUGUUCAGAGGAGACUAAAUAUGGCUGCUGAGGAUGCAAAGAAGAACCAGAGGUCCACAUACGCUUCCAAUAGACGGCAAAAGUACCAGCCUCCGGGAAGGAAUGGCCCCACAACUAUAAACAAGGGCAGGGUAGCUGGGCGAGGAGUUGCAGAAGUGGCUGACAGGUUCGCGAACAUGAGCGUUGGUGGUGCCCGCAGGGAGAUGCAUCCCCCGCCUCCGAUGAAGGCUGGAGGUUGGCGGGCAGGGCCUGGAGAUUCCUUCCUCAGGCGGUCCCAGGAGGCUGUUCAUCCCUCUCGCCGGAAAGUCGCCGGCUAAAGAAAAGCAUUUGAUCGGAGCUCUUUCUAGUCUUCUGCUAUGUCAUCUUUUCCUUCUCGUGUGAAACGACUGAAUAAAAGUGGUGUGUCGUCUCUGUGGUUUCUGUUUGGUUUGUGUCUGGUUUCGGGGUUAUAUUAUGAAGUUUAGUGUGGGAGUCGUGCCCUUUUAUGUUUAGGGUAUUGUCCUUUUAAUGUUUAGGGUAUUGUCGCCUGAGGUUUUCAAGUGAGGUUUGCGUGCUGACCUAGUAACACUGAUGUUGAUGUUAGGCAACGUGGGAGUUAUUUGGAUUUAUAACGAAUAAGAGAUUUGUUUAUCUUUGUGUU